AUCUAUUCUAAAUUAAGAUAUUACGAAAUUACCGUAGGCAAACUGUGCGCUGUCGUGGCGUCAAUGCAUUCCUCGUUGGAGCACGUUGGUGCCUGCCUUCCUAUUACGGCACUGAAAACGCUUCAAGUGAAAGAUGAGAGAUACAUCUUGCAGGGGAAAGGCCCAUUUUGUUGUCUAAUUGAUGAGAACACCGGCAAGCUUGUCGCUGAGCUGAAGGCUUUCAAGAGAAACAACAUCCAUGGAUUCGUGAUUCUCAACCAGGCAGCACAGAAUGCAGAACAUGUCCAAUUGGUAGCAUGGGGAGGGCAAUCGGUUAGGGCUAUUGAUCUGGUCCAUGGGAACCAGACUACGCUGUCAACAGCAAGUUCGGAAUUCCUAGCGCCGGAUUGGAUUCUAGCCGGAUGUGCUUCGAACGAGGACGACAAGCAAUGCGCUUAUCUUGUCACGGCGCAUAAUGCUCUCAUCGCUUUACAUGUCAUCCAGGCAGAUUCAUCAUCCAAAUAUGGAAAUGCCCUCCAUCUACAUCAGCUGGGAACGAGCGUCAAGUCCAUGCUCUAUUCGGCACACACGGUUCAACUUUCACCAUCCCACGUUCUAGUUGCCGCUGGUACUGUUUUUGGUGAGAUCAUCGUAUGGUCAUGUUUUAUCAACAGCCCUGAAAGCCUUUGUUGCGACGCAGUCAGCUCCAUUCACCACUUCUUCACAGGACAUGAGGGGUCCAUUUUCGGCGUUGAAAUCUCGCCCACGAUCCCUAAUCUGGGAAACAGGCCAGGCCGGCUAUUGGCUAGCUGUAGCGAUGAUAGAACCGUCAGAAUCUGGGACAUAUCCGAUUGCGGCAGUGCAUCUCCCAAUGAUCCAUCGGCUUAUUCGACAGACGGAUUCGAACUCCGCAGUACGGGUUUUGGUGCUGUUCGGGAACUGGGUUCAGAACCAUGCAUUGCAAAAGCCUUUGGUCAUAUUGCUCGGAUAUGGGGUGUUCAUUUCAUGCCGACAGCGAUGGCGGAGCAUGGCAAGUUACGGCUAGUAUCACGUGGCGAGGAUGCGCAGUGCCUAUUAUGGGAUUUGACCUGGAAACAAUCCUCUCAAGUUCCGGAGUUUGGCCUACGUGAAACUUCGUCUUUCCAUUAUCACACUGGAAAGCAUAUCUUUUCUUUGAGUAUGCAUGAGGUCGAAAGUAGGGUUGUCGUCCACACUGGUGGCAACGAUGGCGCUAUCAAAACUUUCAAGGUCGACGAGGAAGAGAAUGUAUCAAACAGCACUACUGCACCUGCUCCUUCCAACAACCAACCCAAGAAAAGUAAGAAGGAAGUGCCAUUCAAAGCGUUUGAUUUUAUCGCCCCGGGUUGUUUUAUUGCAACUUCUGUGAAUGGAGAAGUUCAACUGGGACAUGUCGGACUUCAUAAUGUGGCUGAACUCGGUAUGCAGCCUGAAGUGUCAAAGGAGAUUCUCUGCGCCGAGGACGAUCUCCGUGGAUACUCUGUUAUUUCUGGUCUUCCAUCAAAAGGGGUGGCGUUACUGGGCAAUGCGCGAGGAUUGAUUCGCUUAUAUGAUCACCAGAGCAAAUCACUGGCCAAGGUUGUCCAGACGGAUCAGAGACCGCUUGGGAUUUUUGCCUUGGAUUCUGAUCCGAAUUUGUCUAGUCCCUCCGACACAGUCUCGUUUGUCGCUUCUUACGUCACUACCGAUAGGGCAAACUUCUUCAGAGUCACAAGAAAGGAGGGUUCAGAGCCACAUGUGCAAAACGUACCCUUAUGCCUUCUGUAUCCUUCUGAGGCGCAAUGUGCCUCUCUCGUUUGCGGUGGUCGAUAUCUGGUUCUGGGAUUCAAGAAUGGCUCGCUUGCUAUAUACCGAAUCCCAAGCACUGGCGACUGUUUCGGAGACCUUUUACGACCAGUCACAAGCGUCCGUCUCAUCCACGGCGACGAAGGUGUCAACCACAUCACACCAUUCUCACCCCAAACUCACAAAGACGGCUCAUCUACCGACUACCUCUUAACCUGUGGCCGCGAUGGAAAAUACUGCGUCCACGAACUCACCACAAACCCCUCUAUCGACUUCUUUAACUUCCAAACCGUCCACCGCUCCUCCCCAGCAGCAAACCAGAACGUAGAAGGCACAUACUUUGACAAAACCUCAGACAAUCUUAUGCUCUACGGCUUUCGUGGCAUGGACUUUGUCGUCUGGAACGAGACAAUGCAAUCCGAAGUCACUAGAUUCUUUUGCGGUGGUGCACGUCGGAACUGGGCUUUCCAGCCUAGCCUUGAAAAUCCGGGUGAUGGGUUAUUCAUUUGGCAUCAGUCUGGGUUUAAUUGUCGGCGGGUAUACGCUGAGGCUAGUCAUCCAUUGCGUGCUGGUGGUCAUGGGAGGGAGAUAAAGUCCAUGGAGUCAUUUAAUACCACUGAUGCAGGGAAGAACACCAUUUUUGCCACGGGAGCUGAGGAUACCACUGUGCGUCUGUUCGCACCGAUGCAGCCCGGCAAGGAAGACCUAUGGGGUGCAUUUAAGAGCCUGCGGGUUUUGAAAAAGCACAGGGCUGGGUUGCAGCAGGUGGGAUGGUCGAAAAACGGGGAGUACCUCUUUACGAGUUCUGGGUAUGAGGAGUUCUUUGCAUGGAGGAUACAGUGGAUUCCUCGGUUUGGAGUUGCGACAUUGCUCACGGGCGUGGCCCCUAAGGAGGAUCCAGAUUCGGAGUGCCGAGUGACUAGUUUCGAUACGUUGGAGAUUCAGGAACGGGAUGGCAAGUGUGGUUUUCUGAUUGUCUUGGCUUUCCCAAAUUCUGUGAUCAAGAUCUUCCAUUACUCCCCAUCCAUCGAAAAUGGCUUCACCUUCCUAGCCAAGGGCACCUACAUGAGCAACUGCCUAACACAAGCCCAAUUCGUCCAAAAAGACUCUUUCAUGGGUUUAAUAACCGCCUCCACAGAUGGACACUUCACUUUCUGGAACCUAACCUCCGUACUCGAACCUUUUUACACAAUAACCGCAUCAAACCUAUCCCUAAAACAACCCAUCGAACCCACGACCACCCCGACAAACAUCACCUGCGAAAGCCGUUACCAAAUCCACUCCAACAGCAUCAAGUCCCUGGAACUAGUACCCGUCUCAGAAACAACUUCCCUGAUAGUAGCCGGCGGCGACGACAAUGCCCUCACGCUCUCCCUCCUCCACACAUCCCUCACCACUACCACCGACGAAGCCACCCAUGUUCACACGGUUAGCAUCCCUGACGCCCACACCGCAUCCGUAACAACCGUCAAGAUAAUCUCACAACGGAGAUCUGCCAACGGAAACACAACGGUUGAUUUGACAAUUGCUUCCUCGGGCAACGACCACCGGGUUAAAGUCUGGUCGGUUAAAUUGGAUACUGCAAAAGGGGGUGUGGAGGCGAUUAGUGUGAGGAACGUGGUUGAUCAUUACAGUCCUGUAGCGGAUAUUGCGGCUUUGGAUGUUGUUCGGGGGGAUGCUGAUGAGGGGGAGGGGUUGAAGUUGCUUGUUUGUGGGGUUGGGAUGGAGAUGGUGAGGGUUAGUGAGUGAUUCCUUUCCUUUUCCUUUUCGUUUUCAUGAUGUGAUGUAUUGCUUGCUUCCGGAUUCGGUAUGAUAGAUCUUGUACAUAGAAAAGAUAUAGAUAAAAGUGUUCCAUGUUGUCAUGUCCCAAGCACCUCCUGUUUCAUAAGAAUAGCCCGUGGAGACCAUGGCAUCGGCGAUCAAGUAUCAACCAUUUACUCUCGGCAACACCAG